AUGAAUUCUUACAAAGUUGUUAGCAUGGAUUUUACAAGAACAGAUGGAUAAGUAACAGUUAAGAUACGCCCUAAAGUAGAAAGCUCAGAAGAUAAAGAUGAUGAUAUGUUUAAAAAGUAAAAAGUCACAGAUCCAAUCGCAAAAAAUUAAUCUAAAUAAUUUCAGAAUUAAAAUCUAAUAAGGAGUAAAUAUAGAUGUAGUAAAUCUGAUAUUGCAUCUCUAAAACGACUUUUAAAAAGAUCAUAUAAUAUAAAAGAAUUUAAAGAAUUUUACAAAAUAUAUGGUCCUAAGUUAAUAGAAAUUGAUUUUGGAAAUAUAGAAUUAUUUAAUGUGAAAGUAAACAAGUAUUUUAGCAAUAAUAGGGAUUAAAUUAGUAUUCUAUUACAGAAUUAUAACAAUUUAAUAAAGAAUAAAAUUUUUUAAGAUGGGGAAAGUUAUUCUCAAUUAAUUAACUUUCGAAAUAUAAUGAUAAUUCAUUAAUUCAAAAUUAAAUUGCAGCAUUACAGUAUAUAUUUUAAUAAAAUUAGAUUUUAUAAUAUUUUAAUCAGAGAAAGAAUAUUCACUUUAAGAACAUUACGAUAUUAUAAAAAUGAUAAGAAAAGAAAAGAAUUUCCCUAUUAAUAUUUAUAUAUUUAUGAUUUAGAAGAUUGUCUAUAAUUUAAUUUAUAAUCCUUUUAAGAUUAAGCAUCUGGAUAAAUUAAAAUAUAGAAUCAUGGAUUACCUUAAUUGAAAUACAAUUUUUUUUAAAAAUAGUAUGAUAAUUUUUAAUUUGAGAACAUAAUAGUCCCUUUUUUUUAGGUUAAAUUUGACGAACAGAAGUAUAUUUAAUUAUUUUUUGUCCAUUUCAGCAAGAGUGGUUAUAAAUAAAAAUAAUCAAGAAUUGCUGCAGAUGGAUAAGAUAAAGAUGAUUAAGAUAAACUAUAUCAAUGUUAUAUAUUUGUUAAUUUUGAUACUUCAUAUUAUUCUCAGUAGUAGUUAAUGAAUGGAGUUUAAGAAUUUGCCCAUUUUCAUAAUUUUGAAUUAACACCCCAAGAAAUUUAAUUUGUUAAUAUUAAAAGGUAAUCAAAAGAUUUAUAAAUUAGUUAAGGAAAAAGCUUCACAGAAGAUUAUGCGGAAUAUAUUGAAACUGAAUUUUUCUUAUAAGAGAAAGGUUCAAUUAAUCAUUAAAUGAAUUACAUUUUUAACUAGUUACCUAAAGAAAUGGCUAAGAAACAUUUCAAUGAUAUUUUGAAUGAUUAAUUUAUUAUUCCUAAAAAUAUUGAGAGUUUAUUGGAAUAAUUCUUUGGAAAAUGA